UAUUGGAAGGAGCAGCCGGUUCUGCUGCAGCAGCUCGAAGCUUUCAGCCACUCAGCUCACAAUGUCUUAGACUACAUUAGACUACAUUAGACUACAUUAGAUUACAUUAGAUUAGGUUACUUCAGAUUACAGUUAUGUCACAUUUGACAGAAGAAUAAAAGCCACAAGAGAUUUAAAAGGUGAGUGAACAUCUUAGGUGUAGAAUAACCUGCAACCUCUGGCAGCAACCAUCCAGCAGAGUCCAGGAUAUCGUCCAGCAGAGCCCAGGAGAACACCCAGCAAAGCCCAGGAGAUCAUCCAGACCAGACUGGUGCUCGUCUUCAUGGGCACCAGACUCUUACGGAGCGGAGAGGUGCGUGAGUGUGCAUGGGUCUCGAGCACGUCCUCUCCAGCCGCUCAAUAAUUCAACACCUCUGGCAGCCUGCAGCACACCAACUUUUCCUCUCCAGAAGAACUUUCCGUCAGCAGGCGUUCCUCCACGCUCCCUCCUCCAUCUGGAGAGAGACGAGGCUUCAGACUGAGCGUGUGAGGUGUGUGUGCUUUGAGCGGGUGUGUUUGCUCAUGACGGAUCAUCAAACAAGCCAGAAAAGCAGUGGACAUUAUCGACUGGACUUUAAGAGUGCACCUUCUGACCACGCGUCAGAAGAACUGAGCCAAGCUCCUGAAGAAGCCUUCCUUUUCCUAAUGAAAGCCAUUUGAAAUAAACAGCUCCGUGGACUUUUAAGGGGAAACCGCAGCCCGUUCCAUAUGGGACUGCCCUCAGACUCGAACCCAGCAAAGGGUCUCCAGCAGAAGGAGGUUUCUGCAGUGUGUAGGAUCUGUUAGAAGGGGGAGAGGGGGCAGCUCAACCCCCUUCACACUCACCAUGGCUGGCUGUACCAGCCGCUGCAGACAGGGGGUGCUCAAGCUCAUCCAGUCUUUCCAAAGACUCGUCUCAGGAACGCUGACGAAAGAUAAGGUGGACGAUGAGUUGGAGAUGACCAUGGUGUGUCAUCGUCCUGAGGGCCUGGAUCAGCUCGAGGCUCAGACCAAUUUCACCAAACAAGAACUCCAAGUCCUCUACCGCGGCUUCAAAAACGAGUGUCCCAGCGGAGUGGUGAACGAGGAGACGUUUAAACACAUCUACGCCCAGUUUUUCCCUCAUGGUGAUGCCAGCACGUACGCACACUAUCUGUUCAGAGCUUUCGACACCACAAACAACGGCUCCAUAAAGUUUGAGGAGUUUGUAAUGGGGCUGUCCACUCUCCUGCGAGGAACGGUCAGAGAGAAGCUGGAAUGGACCUUUCAUCUGUACGACAUCAACAGAGACGGGUUCAUCAGCAAAGAGGAAAUGACGGAGAUUGUUCGGGCCAUCUAUGAUAUGAUGGGGAAGUACACUUACCCUGCUCUGAAAGGAGACGUGCCUAAACAGCAUGUUGAUGCUUUCUUCCAGAAAAUGGACAAGAACAAAGAUGGAGUCGUGACACUGGAGGAGUUCAUCCUAGCAUGCCAGGAAGAUGAAAUGAUGAUGAGGUCCAUGCAGCUCUUCGAAAAUGUAAUGUAAAAACAGCAGGCGGAGGGAGGUGGAGAAUGAGAGAUCAGAAAAGAGAGAGAGAGAAAGAGUCUGUGAAAACGGCCGCACACUCUUUCUGUAACUCUCUCUUUCUUUCUCUCCAUAUAAAAACCUCUCUUGGACGCUUCGCUUUGGGAUUUCGGAAAGAACUUGAAGGACCCUCAAUCUACUACCACCUAGGCAAGAACCUGGACCGAUCCUAUGAGGAUUAAGCACUGUAUAUCAAACCUCUCAUAUGGACUCAUAUCUGCGAUGUGUGGUUCAUGGAGGCUGAUGACCGGACAUGCUCCAUCCUUCAUUUGUGAAAAAGAAGAGAAGGUUUGUAGGCACCCCUGCUUAGUCUUCUGCUCAGGAAAGUGGGCUCCAACUGUGAAACUCUGGGUUCUGGGAAGUGUGAAGUUCUCUGUGAAAAGCUUGGAUCUGCAUAGCACUGCUUCUCACUUCCUGGAGCUCCUUGAACUUCUUGAAUCAAGCUGCAGGCUGGGAAAGUGGAGCUACAGCUCAAGGACUCCCUCUGCUGUCAUGGACUUGAACUGCAUCCAUGAGGAGGCAGCAGUUUCCACUUCAGUUUCUUCUGUAAUUGCCAAGAGUUUGCAUGUUUUAACCAGCAGAUAUGCUCCCUUUGAUUUACUUGAAUGUUGGCCUAUAUAAUAUAAAAGCCUAAUUAUGUAAUUUUAUGCAUUAAAUGGUUUAAUGAUUAUUUAUUACAUUCAGGUUAUGCGGGAUUGACUUCUGGACGUCUUUCUGUUGUCUUGUCUUGUGUUGUAGUUACAGAAUUGCUUACUGUUAACUCUCUUUGUCCUCAAUCUGUCCUGUUUAUAUGUCCGUCUAUCUGUCUGGCCUCAAACCAUUGAGCAUCGUUUUGCGUGUCUAAAGACUAUUCAGCAGAGUUUAAGAAGUGGCUGUAUAAUAAUUGCUCUGCUUUAUUUCACCAAGUGACAAUCCAGCUCUCCAUCUGUCUAUUUUAUUUCUCUGCGAUGAACAUAUUUGUCAUUAUAGAUCAUUGAAGUUUAAUUUAUUAUCCAUUAAAUAUAAUGAGAAGGAAAUUAGGCGUGUUUGAGUGCAGUACCACGUCGUGACUCUCCACGGAGGCAGACGGACGGAAACGGGCUUGAAGGACUUCUGAAUGCAUUUUAAUGCCGAUCCUAUUCAAUGGCGAUUGAUGGUUAGAAUAAAACUUUGUGAUGAACUUCAAAA